AUGGGAACAGUCACUUCGACCACCCAAUCGUUGCAGAAACGGGAUUUGUUUGCAGUUUCCUUCGGAUUGGCUCUAUCCAUUGCAACAGCAUUUGCACUUCGGUACAGAGGAAAGAGGCUGAGGGAAGCACCGUGUUGCGACUGUGGACAUGGGCACUGUGGACAAAAGUCUGACUGUUGCAGCACAGCAGACGAUGGACCAAGUGAACCGAGUGGUGAAGCGAACGAAGAUCUUGAGGAUCUAGCCAGUGACGCUCACAUUUCAAGACCACCGCGUCUUGGGAUUGGGGAAGUUCUGCGGAAGCUGACCCGCUCAAGUGUUCCUACCGAUACGGUUGCAUCAGAUCAAUCUAGAUUGCCAGGCAGGCAACGGAUUCACGUGAAAACAUUUGGCUGUCCUCACAAUCAGUCUGAUGGCGAAUACAUGGCAGGCCAAUUGAAAGACUAUGGCUACACUCUUGUAGAUUCCUUGGAAGAGAGCGAUGCGGUUGUGAUCAAUUCCUGCACUGUCAAGCAUCCUUCAGAAACUAGAGCACUCAACCUUGUUUCCAAUGCACAACAGGCUGGCAAAGGUGUAGUGCUUGCAGGCUGUGUCCCAUCAAGCAAUCGACAGCUUGCAGAGAGCUUGGGAGUAAGCAUGCUGGAUGUUACCCAGCUUGAUCGCAUUGUUGAGGUGGUAGAGGAGACGGUGAAGGGAAACACAGUGAAACUGAUGGAGAAACGGAGCGACUUGCCAUCGUUGUCACUCCCGAAGGUACGGAAGCAUCGCUUGGCUGAGAUCAUUACCAUCAAUGCCGGCUGCCUUGGAAGCUGCACCUACUGCAAAACAAAGAUGUCUCGCGGGAAAGUGGUCUCAUAUCCCAUUGAGGCGAUUGUAGAUAGAGCCUUGGAGUCUGCUCGUGAAGGUGUUUGUCAGAUUGAACUUGCCUCAGAAGACAUGGGUGCCUAUGGUCUUGACAUCGGCACCAGUAUUGCAGAGCUACUUCGCAGUGUCUCUGAUGCGCUGAUGAAACACCAUCCGGGUGUAAUGCUUCGUACUGGGAUGACCAAUCCUCCAUUCAUCAUGCAGCAUAUUGAUGAAAUCAUCGAGGUCUUGAACAGACCCAACGUUCACGCCUUUAUGCAUAUCCCUGUUCAGUCCGGCUCAGAUCAAGUUCUCAGAACCAUGAGACGAGAAUACACUGUCGCUGAUUUCUCCUACCUGGCCGAUAGGCUGAAGGCUUCUGUUCCGGAGCUCUUUUUGCUUACAGACAUCAUUUGCGGUUUCCCAACCGAAAGUGAGGAAGACUGGCAAGAGACCAUGGCCUUGUGUCGAAAGUACAAGUUUCAGGGUAUUCACAUCUCGCAAUUUUAUGCCCGACCGGGAACCGCAGCAGCGCGGUUGAAGCCUUUGAAAAGCCACAUAGGGAAGGAUCGUUACAAGGAACUGGCAGAUCUUAUGACCUCUUAUGACCGCAAUGAGCACUUGCUUGGACGUGAGGAACGUGUGUGGUUUGCAGAUACUGAGCAGGAGCGGUCAAAGGGGGUCAACUUGCAAGGGCAGACCGUAGGUCGAACUAAGUCCUUUGCAAAGGUGCUUGUGCCCCGCAAUGACUCGUUGAUGGCUGAAGAAGCCAAGGCAGAAAAUCAACAAUUGAAGGCAAAAAUUGAGUCGCUGGGCAAGCUGGUAGCAAAGCAGCAGCAGGUGAUCGUGGAACACGAGGGCCGGUUGCGUGCUUUCAGUGCGAGGACAAUAGGUGCAAUGGUGGCAAUUCGCUUUGCAGGUGUCAAGCGGCGCCGCUUGAUCUCGUUGAACGACCCAAAAGAACCAGAGGCGCUGCAGUGA